UAUAAUUCAUGUCCAGGCUGCUUCCAGCUGCUGAUACUAAAUAAAUACAUAUUCAGAUUUCGUUGGGCAGCAAUUUAAUUUUGCUAAAGUCAUUGGUUAUACAUUGAAAAGGCGAAAUGGAAAUUUUCAUACUUUACAAAGUAGUGAGAUUAUUACUGCUUGUCGGAGCUUUGAUAACACAUUCAACCUUUGGAGGUAUUCUUGACAAACGCUUACUUUCAUCUUCAAAUACCAUUGUUCGUGUUGUGGAGAUAACCUCCGAGGAUGACAGUAGUGGUGCAAAAACUAAUUCCAUUCCAACAUUUCCUCAAUUUGUGUCACUUCCAACUGAAAAUAUCACUGCCGGAAAUGAAGGAAAAACUCUAACGGGGGCUUAUCAAUGCAAUCUCAGCCAAACACUUAUCGAUGAAAUUCGGGGAUAUCAAACUGUAGCAAAUAAGAUCUUCAAAACAUUGCUAACCGGAUCUUUCAAAGGAAGAACGUACUCAGAGUUGGCAUACUUUGUAGAUAGGUUUGGGUCACGAUUAGCUGGGUCUCAAAAUCUUGAAAAUGCUAUCGACUACAUGUUGGACAAAAUGACACAAGAUGGUCUAGAAAAUGUACAUGGCGAAGAGGUCAACAUUCCACAUUGGGUCAGAGGUGAAGAAAGUGCUGUACUGAUUUCGCCACGAAGGAAAAAACUGGCCCUCCUUGGGUUAGGAUACAGUGUGGGAACUCCACCCGAAGGAAUCACUGCCGAAGCCAUAGUGGUCACCAGUUUUGAAGAUCUUGCAGCCAAAUCUAAUGAGGUGAAAGGCAAAAUUGUAGUUUACAAUGAAGAAUAUAUCUCAUACGGCGAAACAGUGAAAUAUCGUGGAAAUGGAGCUUCAGAAGCAUCUAAAUUUGGUGCUGUUGCGUCCCUUAUCCGUUCCAUAACUCCAUUUUCCAUAAACUCACCACACACUGGGAUGCAGUCCUACCAGGAGAAUGUUACUAAAAUACCGACAGCUUGCAUCACCAUUGAAGAUGCUGAAUUGCUUCAUAGAAUGCAACAACGAGGAGAAAAGUUGAUUAUUCAGCUCAAGAUGAAUGACACCAACCUUCCAUCCGUCACAUCACGAAAUGCAAUUGCAGAGAUUAUUGGCCGUGAGAAGCCUGAAGAAGUUGUCGUUGUUUCUGGCCAUAUCGACAGCUGGGAUGUGGGACAAGGAGCAAUGGACGAUGGGGGCGGUAUGAUCAUGUCUGUGGAAGCCCUUGCAUUAAUAAAGUUUCUGGGACUGAAACCCCGACGAACUUUGAGAGCAAUUUUGUGGACGACUGAAGAGUUUGGCUUGAUUGGUGUUCAAGAUUAUGUUAAGAAACAUGCGAACGACAUGGACAAAUUUGCCACUGUAUUCGAGUCUGACAUCGGGACCUUCCGUCCACUUGGUUUAGAUUAUUCUGGGAGUGAUGAAGGUGGAUGCAUUUUACAAGAAGUUUUGAAACUCAUGAGUCCCAUCAAUGCCAUGACGUACAGGAAACAGGCUGAAGUGGGGUCAGACAUUGGAUACUUUAUCGAGAAGGGUGUUCCUGGUGUCAGUUUGAAUACGGAGAAUAAAGGUUACUUCUACUACCACCACAGCGAAGGAGACACAAUGACCGUGGAGAACUCGGAUGAACUGGACCUUUGCACUGCCGUUUGGGCCACAGCUUCAUAUGUUUUGGCUGACUUGAGCGUCACUAUUCCAAGAAGCUAAUUAUUCACUGAUUUAUUUAUAACUAAAUUUUAUAUCAUUUUUUUUAGAUAAAUUAUACAAAAGGUAAAAGGUUUAGUAACUAUAAUAUGAAGAAGAUGAAGUGAUCAAUCAAUUUAUACGUAAGCUGCAUAGUCACAAUAAUGGAUUGCAAUGUGACAAAAUUUGAAAAUAUGAUGAAAUACCGAUCCAGAUCAGUACAUACAUUUUGCCCAACGUAAUCUCCUCAUUUUUGGCGUACCUAAAUAUGCACAAUACAUAGGUACAAGUAGUAUAUAGCAAACAAAGUAAAAAAUGCCUCGUUUAAUCUGAUGGCCUAAUCCUCAUUGUAUUAUAUUUAAUAUCUCAAUGUACGAGACGUACAGAUAUACCAACGCUGGUCCCACAUAAUUUUCACGGAAAUUUGUUUCGUAAUCUAAAGUCGGUGACAUGCACUUACAUACUUAUAUGCAUACCUUUCGCAUAGGUUGCUACAUAUAACAAAUGUUCGUAAAGUUAAAUAUUAUAGUUGUGGUAAUAUAACAAAUAAUAAUUUUAAUCUGUCUGAUGUUA